AUGGGUCCCAAUGGAGAGGACAGCUCCGCUGAGGUUACAGUGGCUGUUGGUGCUGGUAUUCAACCGGCACAUCCUGGCCUUUGCUCUCUCAAAUGGGCUGUCAGUGGAGGAUGGUGGCAUCGCUCGAGCUACACAGGAGCUCUGCUGUUCAACAUCGGCGCUUUUACGCUUCCUGCACUGUACGCCACACUAGUCAAGGUCUGGAUUGCCAACAUCGACUCCUCCCUAGUCGUCACCACAGACGUGUAUACCUAUAUCGGUACUAUUGCAGAGGUCCUCAAUGAAGGUCUUCCCCGUGCCGUCUGGGUAACGAUUGCCGACAAAUCCACGCGAUCGUAUGAAUCUCGUUUGGGCCUCGCGUACACUCUAAUAACGAUUCAGACUGUACUAGGGCUCAUCAUGAGUAUAACCUUUACUGGAGCAGCCAGGGCAUUUGCAGCAACGUUCGUUCCGCGUGAGGCCCAAGAGGCUAGUAUCACCUAUGUCCGAAUCAGUGCGUUCUCGGCUCUGAGCUCUGCUAUUGAGGUUGCGGCAUCGAAUGCGACAAGGGCUUUGGAUAAGCCCGACGUUCCCCUCCUGAUAAGCACUGUCAAGGUCGUGGUGAACAUUGUGCUGGAUCUACUCGUGAUAUCCAAGUUCCACGUAGGCGGCUGGACCCCAAACGUCAACAUACAGGCCGUGAUCCGUCUGAGCUGUGAUAUGAUUGCUGCUGUCUCGGGCUUAGUCUAUUUCAUCAUAACUACGAACAGAACCCAGACCCAGAAUAAACGGCCCUGGAGCAGAGAGAUGAUUAAUUUGUCUGCUCUUUUCACACUCCUUAAGCCUGGUUCUCUCACCUUCGUGGAGUCAGCCAUCCGGAAUACGCUCUAUCUUUGGCUGGUGGCCGGAAUCGUCUCCAUGUCAGCAGAUUACGCUACAGCCUGGGGUAUCUUCACUACAAUCCGAUGGGGACUUGUCAUGGUACCGGUUCAGGCCUUGGAGGCGACAUCACUAGCUUUUGUUGGGCAUGUUUGGGCCUCAUUCAAGAACAACGAUAUACAGUGUGGGAAGUACAGGAAGUUCUUGGUGACCACACGACCAGCAUUACUUGCUGCUUUUAUUGCCAUGGUUAUCGAGGUACCGCUUUGCAUCUUCCUCGCCAUAUUCGGUUGUAAACCAUUUGCGUUCUAUCUCAGCCAGUCCGAAGCGGUGGCCGAGAUUACAGCGCACAUGUGGAAAACGAUAGAUUGGUGA